CAAAGCCAACGGCUAUAAUUUCGUCUCUCUCCUCUCUAUUCUCUCUGUGAUCUACACUUGUACAUUCUACAUGCAUAACCCAAGAAAAAAUCGGCGAGAAGACCGGACCCUUGAAACAACAGAGAAGAUCACACCACCAACAAUGCGAAUUGAAAUUUUUUUGCUUCAAUUAAUCGCCCAAUUAAUCGCCAUCUCUGCAGCAUCCCAUUAUAAGCUCACAUUCUUUGGCUCAUUCACUUUUGGUUCUUUCCCUCGGUAAGGAUCCACUCUCUUCCAUUACAGUUGAUCCACAUUAAGACCCCCACCCAACAAUCUUGAUUUUAUUACAUUGGUGUGAUAAUCUCUCAAAAACCCUGUUUUGUUAAUCUUUUUUUGGUGGGUGAGAGGAAGAGUUCGAGUUGUUUGAAUCUGAAUCCUCUUGUUGGAGGUUGAAAAGCUCUCAUCUUUAGAGCUUCUUGAUCUUCAACACCUCUGAAUUUGGAGGUGUGUUUGGUAAUUCUGCAUUGGAGACUUUGAGGGCAUUUCCUAUAUAAAUUAGGGUUUGCUCUUUGGGUUUCUGAGCAACCAGAAUGGAUCUCUCAGCUUUGAAACGUUGAAUUCUUUCUGGGCUUUUGUUUUCCUUUGUUAUUGUAUAUAGUUCUUUUUUCUUUUUUCAAUAUAUAUUUUUUGGGGGAUUUUUGCAUUUGGGGCUAGAACAAGAGUCUUUUGAUCAUUAGGAUAAUAAAUUCAGUUUGAUUGAGAGGCCUUGUUCGAUCUGAGUUGGAUUAAUAAUUCUAUCAACCGGUAAGUUAAUAGUUUUUUUGAAAGAUGUAAAUUGAAUUAGUCAAAAAGGGUCCUGAGUUUCUGGAGGAGAACUAAAAUUGUACAAUGUCAGUUGCUGAUGUUGCUUUGAGUCCGGUUCCCAAAGAGUUGGUACGAUCUUCUGGUUAUCUUGAUAGCCAGUUAGGUCUCUGCUCUGACGAAUCGAUCAUAAUUUACCUCAUUGUCGCCGGUUCUGUGAUUCCCAUGAGGGUAUUGGAGUCCGAUUCAAUUGCGUCAGUGAAACUUAGGAUCCAAACAUGUAAAGGUUUGGUAGUGAAGAAACAGAAACUAGUUUUCCAAGGCAGAGAGUUGGCACGAAAUGAUUCCCUCGUUAAGGACUAUGGUGUCACUGAAGGGAAUGUUUUGCAUUUGGUUGUCCGUCUCUCUGAUCUCAUUAUCAUCACAGUUAGGACUGCCUGUGGGAAGAAGGAAUUUGAGUUUCAGGUCGAUCGUUACAAAAACAUUGGAUAUCUCAAGCAUCGAAUUGUCAAGAAAGGGAAAGGCUUUGUUGAUCUCGAUGAUCAUGAAAUUUAUUGUAAUGGCGAGGAGCUUGAAGACCAUAAGAGGCUAAUUGAUGAUAUAUGUAAGGACACAGAUGCUGUGAUUCACUUACUAGUUCAGAAAUCUGCAAAAGUUCAGGCCAAGCAUGUGGAGAAAGAUGUUGAACUCUCUGUUGUGGCAGCUGACUGGAAAGAGAGGACAGAUGAAGGACUACACGAAGGAGAGAACCGGUCCAUUGAGCUUCAAGUUGAACCUGGGAAAACACCGGUUAGAGAUUUCAUGUUGGAACCUGUUCUUGUUAGUCCAGAGAUCAAAUUGCCUAAAAUGAUAUGGGAUAUGAUUAAUUCUACCAUUGAUGGACUGGAGAGAGGCAAACAACCUAUCAGAUCAUCUGAGGGCACAGGAGGAACUUAUUUUAUGCAAGAUGCAUCAGGCAACAAGUAUCUUUCGGUCUUUAAGCCCGUAGAUGAGGAACCAAUGGCUGUGAAUAACCCUCUGGGGUUACCCUUAUCAUCGAAUGGUGAAGGCUUAAAGAGGGGAACCAAAGUCGGAGAAGGUGCAUUUAGGGAAGUUGCAGCAUACAUACUGGAUCAUCCUAGGAGUGGCCAACGUACGUUAUUGGGUGAGGUUGGUUUUGCUGGUGUGCCACCAACUGUUAUGGUGCAGUGCUUGCAUAGGGGAUUUAAUCAUCCAGAUGGGUAUGAGCAUGCUCUAAAGAAUGUUAAGAUCGGGUCAUUACAAAUGUUCAUGAAGAAUAAUGGAUCUUGUGAGGAUAUGGGUCCUCGGGAUUUCCCUGUGGAGGAGGUCCAUAAGAUCAGUGUGUUUGAUAUAAGAAUGGCGAAUGCAGAUAGGCAUGCCGGGAAUAUUCUGAUGAGCAGAGAGGGGGAAGAGGGGCGGAUUGUGCUCAUUCCGAUUGAUCAUGGCUAUUGUUUGCCUGAGAAUUUUGAAGAUUGCACAUUCGAUUGGCUCUACUGGCCGCAAGCCCACCAACCUUACUCUCCCAACACCAUUGAAUACAUAAAUUCGCUCGAUACCGAACAAGAUAUUGCACUUUUGAAAUUCUAUGGAUGGGACCUUUCCCUUAAGUGUGCUCGCACACUCCGUAUCUCCACCAUGCUUUUGAAGAAAGGGGUAGAGAGAGGACUCACUCCCUUUGCCAUUGGAAGCAUCAUGUGCAGAGAAACGUUAAACAAGGAAUCGAUUAUUGAGAAGAUUGUUCAAGAGGCUCAUGAUUCCGUUCUCCCCGGCAUGAGUGAAGCUGCAUUUCUUGAAACCGUCUCCCAAAUCAUGGAUUUCCAGCUUGACAAGUUUGCUAAAUAAUAUUAACCUGAUCUAUAGGUGUUUGUAACUGUAUGUACAGAUCGAAUGACCAGUCCAUUUGGGUGGACUGCAGAUCGUAUCUGAGGUGGAUGGCUUCCUCUAUUCUAUGUGGGCCUGACACUGUUUUAUUUUAAAUUUUUUUCGGUUUAUUUCUGUUCUUUUUGACUAAUUCUUGGAUUGCCUUGAGACAUUGAACAGAAGUUAAAAUCAUGAAUGAGAAAAAUAUUAUGGAUUUUGGAUUUUGCUUAAA